AUGACGAGCGAAUCGGAAAUGAUGAGGAUGGCGGAGAAAGUGAAGGAGGAGAUGAAGAAGGCGCUGGAACCGAAAGAGGAGAUGAAGAAGGUGGUAGAGGAGAAGGUGGAGCAAGUUGCCCGCCGGUCUCAGAUGCCGAUUGAAAUGCCCGGUGCCCUUCCUACAGA